GUACAUCUGGGGUCUCGGCUACCACUGGUAUGGCGAUGCGCGAUAUGAGACCUGGCCUGAGUGCCACGAGAUCGAUUAUGAGGAUCGAAAGAACGGAGGCUCUGUGAAUGAGCUCAAAGCAAGGCUGGGUUUUGAGAAUGUCCGUCGCGUUGCAGA